AUGGCACCUCAGGGGAGCCAUGCCCAGACAUCCAGCAUGCCGCAGACGUCCCGCGAGCCACAAACCUCCAGCGCUGACCUCCCCGCCGUUGAUAAAGAAAGAGUAACCUAUCUUGCUGCAGUCAUCACGAAGGGGACAUGCUUUCGGACUCAUAGCGAUAUUUGUCCUAGCGAGCAGGGCCAGGCGCAAAUAGCAAUCUUGUUUGAUAGAGCAAGAAGAGUGAAAGCAGGCAGGACAGAGGACAAGUGGUUGUACAGACUUCUUUCGCGGGUCAGGCAGGAAGAGGUUGAGUGGUUAUUGGGGGAUCGAAAUCCAGAAGCUGCGCUCCUCAAGCCGAUACUCGGGCCACUUAACCUCGAGGCGACAACUGAUAUCCUCAAAUGCCUAGAAUCUCUAGGCGUAACCGCAGAAAAGUUUGAAACACAACACAGAACACUACUCGAAAAUCUUCGCUGCUACCUGAAGACCCUGAGCCAUGAAGGGCUACAGCGGUUGGCUGGUGAAACCAGUAUCAUUCGGGGCUUCGCAUCAAAACUGAAUCCUAAUACUCGGCAUGCUUUCGAGAAUGAUGAUGUACACGAUUCACGCAUCACGGGCGCCACAAGCGAGGUGAACGAGACCCCUUUCAUGUCGAACGAGCGAGACCAGGAUAUGAUUGUAGCAACAAAUUCUUUUCAUGGAGCCUCAGUCAUAAAAGAAGGGGAAAUUAGCAUACACGUGAAAUAUGCUGCUCCAGUUCCACGCAAGAAGUAUUAUCGAUCUCCAAGUUUGCUAGAGGUAGUAGGGUGGGGAAUGACAAAGACAGGGACGGAUGAUGAAGCAUGA